AUGGAGACUCAACGGAAGGCCUCUAUCACUGUAGUUGAUGAAAGCACCGUCGGCGUCACAUCUGUCCUUGCCCGACGCGGAGAACAUGCCAUCCUCCAAGAAGGAGUUUCUAAGGACGAGCUGACGCUGGGUGCACUUGGAUACAAACAAGAAUUCAAGAGAGAUUUCACUAUCUGGGAGUCAUUCUCUGUGUCAUUCUCUGUCUUGGGGCUUCUCCCGUCCAUUGCCUCGACCAUCAGCUACAGCUUAGGCUACUCGGGCACCGGUGGUGCGAUAUGGGGAUGGCUAGUGUCCGCGCUUUGUAUCCAGUCUACGGCUUUCACUAUGGCAGAACUGUGCUCCAGCAUGCCGACAGCCGGUGGCCUAUAUUAUGCUUCAGCGGUGUUGGCGCCUGAAGGAUGGGGUCCUCUGGCCUCCUGGUUUGUGGGCUGGUCUAACUUUUGCGGCUUCGUGACCGGACCAUGCUCUGUCAAUUAUGCGCUGGCUUCCAUGUUGGUCACAUGCGGCAUGAUAUCCAACCCGGAUUACGCCCCCGAGACAUGGCAUACCUACCUGAUUCUUCUCCUCUUGCUGGUGAUCAACGGCCUCAUCACCAUGCAGUCCACAUGGUUUAUUGGUUGGGUGAACAAAGUCGGGACUGUGUUCAAUCUGGUAGUGGUGGUUAUCUUCCUCAUUUGGUUUCCCGCUGGGUCAAUCAACCAUCCCAAAACCAACCACAGUCAUGCCGUGUGGACAGAAUUCCAGAAUGGAACCGAGUGGCCCAUUGGAUGGGCGACUAUCAUGGGAUUCUUGACUUCCAUCUGGACAAUGUCUGGAUACGACGCUCCGUUUCACCUUUCGGAAGAAUGCAGCAAUGCCAACAUCGCCUCACCAAGGGCAAUUGUCAUGACUGCGCAGUUUGGCUUGUGGCUGGGGGCUGCCAUCAUCCUUGUGAUUGUUUACACCGUCAAAGAUAUCACCGAUGUCGUCGCUGGGCCAUAUGGACAGCCUUUUGGGAGCUUGUGCCUGCAGGUGUUGGGAAAGAGAGCUGGCCUGGCCAUGUUUUCUCUCAACAUCAUCGCCCAAUUCUUUGUGGGGGUGGGUUGCACCAUUACAGCAACCCGAGUCGUCUUUGCCUACUCUCGUGAUGGCGCCAUCGUUGGGUCCAGAUGGUGGAGCCAAAUCCACCCGAAAACAAGAACUCCAGUGUAUGCCACCUGGGGUGUGCUGACUGUGUCCGCCUUGCUUGGGUUGUUGAUGUUCGCAAGUCCUGUGGCCAUCGGUGCAGUGUUCAGUAUCGGAGCCAUAGCUCAGUACACCGCCUUUACCACCCCAGUAUUUCUGAAAUUGUUCAACAAUGAGAGGUUCCGACCAGGCCCAUGGAACCUCGGACGAUAUUCAAAGCCUUUAGGAAUGAUUGCUUUUGGGUGGUGGUGCGUCAUUGUUCCUGCGCUCUGUUUUCCAGCAGUGAAGGGAAAAGAUUUGAAUGCUCUCACCAUGAAUUGGACCUGUCUUAUUUAUGGGGGAGUCAUGCUUAUUGCACUGUCCUGGUAUGCCAUUAGUGGCAGAAAAUGGUUCAAGGGACCGCGUGUCAAUGUGCAAUAUAUACACGAGGGCACUGAAAUCGUUGAAGGCCAUCCGGCGGAUGAAGGUACAGGUCACAUCAAGAAGAUGGAAGCUACUGAACUCAAAGAAUGA